AUUAGCACAAGCAGGGUACACAUGCUCAGUCAAUAUACCUCACUCCUUUCAUCUAACCGCCACAGAUCACAGCCCAAGAUAACCUCUAUCUGAGAACAUAGAAGAUACAAGAUACAUAACCAUUAGGUGUAAGCUUAUUUUUCCCCCCCUGUUCUGUAUGUCCUCACAGACCUUCUGCAUAUACUGUACCGUAUUUUCCUUCAGUGAAGUGUAAGGUCUACUAGAAAUGCUCCUGCUUGCAAUGAUACUCCUAAUAUCAGUCAGACUUGGAGAGACCAGUCCCACAAAAGAGUACAUUAAAGAUGUGACCCCUGAGGAUCGAGUGCUCAAAGUUUUGCAGAGAAUCGCCUCACGACCCACACCUGAACCUCUGGAAUACAAUCUUUUAUCUCACCUCCCCAUGGACAUGGCCAACCCAUGGCUAAGUGUACGAAUUCCCAGCAGUUCAUGGUGGCGGCACCUUGAAAACCCUCAUCGCGAAACCAAGAGGAGGCAGAAUCUAGCAUCAUAUAAUCUCAAUUCAUUCGGCCUUCGCUAUGGAAAAUAAA